AUGUCGAAUUAUGCGAGUACAAUAGUUUCUCUUAAAUAUUUAACGGUACAAAUCAAUCGACACGGAAGUUUAAUUGUUGUUUUAUUUGGCACCGUUGGCAAUUUGUUGAAUCUUCUCGUAUUCAGCGAUCGAUCUUUUCAUCUCAAUCCAUGCACAAUUUAUCUGAAAUGGUCAUCGAGCAUCAGUAUUAUCUUUAUCUGGUCAGGAUUAUUAACACGUAUUCUCGAUGGGUAUGGAAUUAGUUGGCCGAAUCACAAUCCACCGUUAUGUAAAAUUCGUUUGUUUACCUUGAUGGUUUGUUGGUCAAUGUCUACAUGGGCUUUCGCCGGAGCAAUGAUGGAUCGAUAUUUGUGUAGUAAUCCCUUAGUUAUCCACCGUUUGAAGAGUACUGUUCGCACAGCAAGGCGAUUUUUAAUCUUCUUUUUCAUUCUUUCCAUUGCUUUAUUCGCGCAAAUCUUCUAUUGUUAUGAAGCAAGUGUGCCCAACGUUCCCGUCGCUUGUUACACUCAAACGUUAGCUUGUCAAAUUUACAAUGAUUGGACGAAUAUUUUGUACAACAUUCUUAUUCCAAGUAUAUUCAUGACAAUAUUCGGCGUGCUGACAAUCUCGAACCUUCGACGACGAACUGUCCAUCCAAUACAGACGAAUACACAAACACAGCCGACUUUGAGAAGAAUCGAUCGAAAUCUUCGGAAGAUACUGUUUGUUCAAAUUGCUUUUUUACUUGUGUUGAGUUUACCUGUUGGAAUUCAGCGUUUUUACGCGAAUGUCACAUCAGAUACAGUUAAAAGUGAUCUUCGAACACAAGAACAAUGCAUUUGUGAAAUGUUAACAUUAAAUUACGUUUCGUCAAUGAACUAUUUCUCAAAAAAUCGAACAUGCUUAUUAGUUUUGUUGCCUCCUGGUUUAUCUACAAGUGUCAUAGUCGAUAUCAACUCUAAAUUGUUUUAUACCAAUCAAUCAACCAUUGGAAAUUUGUUUAAAACAACUUUCACAUCAACAACAUCGACGGCUAUAAGCACGAUUUCCGGAUGGACAACUUUAGCGAAUAUGACUGUUGGGCGAUACCGUCAUACAGCAUCUGCAUUAUCAAAUAGCAGUGUAUUAGUCGCUGGCGGACGAGAUAGCAAUUAUGCUGCUCUCCUCAGUGCAGAAAUAUACAACCAAGUGACGGGAACGUGGAUAGCCACAGGUAAUAUGAGUAUUGGACGAUUUAGUCAUACAGCAACUGUCCUGGCAAAUGGACAAGUUUUAGUAAUCGGUGGUUAUCGUAAUGCUACUCUGAACAGUUGUGAAAUCUAUGACCCAUUGAGAGGUAGAUGGACUGUUGUGGGAAGCAUGGGUAUUGCCCGAAUUUAUCAUACGGCAUCUCUACUGCUAAAUUCUAAGGUGUUAGUGGUUGGUGGACAAAGCGAGAGCACUGCUGCUAUUAAUAACGCACAAUUAUUUGAUCCAUCAACAGGAGGAUGGUCAGCAACAGGUAGUUUGAAUACUGGUCGAUGUUGUCACACCGCAUCUGUUCUAACAAAUGGAAAGAUAUUAGUUACUGGUGGAGGAAAUGGUGUUGAUAGUUUCCGAAGUGCUGAACUGUAUGAUCCAUCAUUACAACUGUGGUCAAUGACAGGAGAUAUGAACUUUGCACGGUAUUUUCACACAGCGUCGGUUUUAAUCAACGGUUCUGUAUUGGUUACUGGUGGUCUCAGCGGUAAAGACGCUUUUAUCAAUUCUGCCGAAUUGUAUAAUCCAGCGACAGGAACGUGGACAAUCGUGGGAACUAUGAGUACUGCCCGAAGUUAUCAUACGGCAUCUGUCCUGACAAACGGAAAUGUUUUAUUAGCCGGUGGGUAUAAUAAUAUUUCUAUUAACAGUGCUGAACUGUACAUUGCUUCAAGUGGAAAUUGGACGGUCGUAGAAUCCAUGAAGUUGGGGCGAUAUUUACACGCUGCAUCUGUAUUAUCAGAUGGCAAACUUCUAGUUACCGGUGGAUACAACAAUGGUUGUCAAAAUAGCGUAGAACGGUAUUAUUAA